AGAAAACUAGAUCGAGGUGACUCCUCUCAAAUCCGUUUGCUUAGAAUCGAAUCACCAAAGAACAACAAAGACAUUAUAAAAGUCAAUCUCUACACCAAGAACUUGAAUAAAGCACCUCGUUUCAGAGCUCUCUCAUACGCAUGGGGCGAUGAGAACCACACCACGCCUAUACUUCUCAAUGGUCUUCGGUUCAGUGUCACCUAUAAUCUCCACGCUGCCCUGAAAGUCUUGCGAUCGAAACCGAAUAAGUCCUUUCUAUGGGUGGACGCAAUAUGCGUGAACCAGAGAGACACUUCCGAAAAGAGCCAUCAGAUUUCACUCAUGGCACGCAUCUACUCAGAGGCUCGGGAAGUCCUGUGCUGGCUCGGACCAUCUACAAAUGACGAUUCGGUUUUCCCGUUUAUACAAAAGUGCGCAGAACUAAAUCGCGCAAUAAUACUUCCCCUGCCUAGACCCGAGAUCCCAAUAGCUUUCGCAUCUAAAUCAGAUGCGAUUCGGGACAUACUUCUCCGACCGUACUGGUACAGAGUAUGGGUGAUCCAAGAAAACGUACUAGCCAGGAAACGCCUUUAUCUGUGCGGAAUAAAUGAGAUCAGCAGCGAUGAUCUAUAUCAGGGCCUAGUUCAAAUAGGCCCCUCUCUCCAUUUGAAACCUAAGAGGCUUCGCACCAAGUCGUUUUUACAAGCCGCUAAUGACCUCCGCAACUUCAAUGGCUACGGGAUAUUAGCCAAUACUUUCAUAGGACCACGUGAGCUCAUGAGCCAUACAAUAUCAGAUCCUCUUUCCCUAUUAAUCGAAGCCAUGUGUCAAAAGGUAUAUAACAUAGGGAAGAAGCUUAUAGAGGCUAACUGCUAUUAG